GAAAUACGCGAAAAAAAUAAAAAUGCCUAGUUACGCAUCUAUUGGGCUCAAUGGAGCGACCGAUAGUUAUCUUCUUUUAGAAGACGGUAAUAUUUUUUUGGGGAACCGCUUUGGUGCCGAUGUAUCCGUUGAUGGUGAAAUUGUUUUCCAGACUGGUAUGGUUGGUUAUUCAGAAUCACUUACGGACCCUUCUUAUCAUGCUCAAAUUUUGGUGUUAACAUAUCCCCUCAUCGGAAAUUAUGGUGUGUUUGGUGACGAAAAAGACGAGAAUGGCAUACCAUAUUGGUUCGAGUCUAAUCGUAUUUGGGCCGCUGGACUAAUAGUUGGAGAAAUUUGCGAAAAACCCAGUCAUUGGCGUCAAACCAAGACGCUGUCCGAAUGGAUGAAAGAACAAAAUGUACCUGGAAUAUGUGAUAUCGAUACUCGAGCAUUGACAAAAGUUAUUCGCGAAAAAGGUACUAUAUUGGGGAGGAUCAUUUUCGGUCAACCAUCCUCAAACACUCUGCCAAUAAUACCUCCGAUAAAAGAUCCCAACAAAAGGAAUCUUGUUGCCGAAGUUUCUUUGCCUGUUUCAAACAUAUAUUCAACAUAUAAUCCGAAUGGAUAUCCUCGAAUAUGUGUAGUUGAUUGUGGAUUAAAAUACAAUCAACUGAGAUGUCUGUUAAGACGUGGUGCCCGUGUGGAUGUUGUACCAUGGAACUAUAAUUUGGGAGCUAUCGAAUACGACGGUCUAUUCCUCAGUAAUGGGCCGGGUGAUCCCAGCAUGUGCCAAGAAACCAUACAAAAUAUCCGAAUGGUUCUCACUAAAAAAAAGGAAACACCUAUUUUUGGCAUAUGUCUUGGACAUCAAUUACUAUCCAUUGCCGCUGGUUGCGUCACAUAUAAAAUGGACUAUGGCAAUCGAGGUCACAAUCAACCGGCGACACAUCACGGUACCGGACGUUGUUACAUGACUUCGCAGAAUCACGGAUUUUGCGUUGAUGCGGCUCAAUUACCUGCUGAUUGGGAAGUACUCUUUACCAACACGAAUGACAACAGUAAUGAGGGUAUAGUUCAUUCAAAUCUACCAUAUUUCUCCGUUCAAUUUCAUCCAGAGCACACAGCAGGACCUGAAGAUCUCGAAUGUCUCUUUGAUGUAUUUUUGGAGAGCGUGAAAGAUGAGAAUCGGCCUCGGAUCUCUGUAAAAGAUAGGCUCACUCAAAAGUUAAUCUAUGAUUCUUCGGCUUUAAUUACACUCGAACGGCCUAAGAAAGUGCUAAUCUUGGGCUCCGGAGGACUCAGCAUCGGUCAAGCUGGAGAAUUCGAUUAUUCGGGCUCUCAGGCAAUAAAAGCGUUAAAGGAAGAAUCGAUACAGACUCUUUUGAUAAAUCCUAAUAUCGCCACGGUACAAACAUCAAAAGGCAUGGCCGAUAAAGUAUAUUUCUUGCCAAUUACACCAGAAUAUGUUGAGCAGGUAAUACGAUCGGAGAGACCGGAGGGCGUACUAUUAACAUUCGGUGGACAAACUGCCCUUAACUGUGGCGUAGAACUUGAGAGAAACGGCGUGUUUGCGAAAUACAGUGUUAAAAUUCUAGGAACGCCGAUUGAAUCUAUCAUACAAACUGAAGACAGAAAAAUAUUUGCAGAUCGUGUUAGCGAGAUAAAUGAAAGAGUCGCACCAAGUGCUGCAGUGUAUUCCGUUCAAGAGGCCAUAGAAGCCGCUGAAAAACUGGGUUAUCCAGUAAUGGCACGUGCUGCGUUCUCGCUCGGUGGUCUUGGAUCAGGUUUUGCUAAUACGAAGGAAGAAUUGAGAAACUUAGCGCAACAAGCUUUAGCUCACUCCAGCCAACUAGUAAUUGACAAAUCAUUGCAAGGCUGGAAGGAGGUAGAGUAUGAGGUUGUCCGCGACGCAUAUGACAAUUGUAUUACAGUAUGCAACAUGGAAAAUGUCGAUCCUCUCGGCAUUCAUACUGGUGAAUCGAUCGUUGUCGCGCCAAGUCAGACAUUGUCUAAUAAAGAAUAUAAUAUGCUACGAACAACCGCUAUUAAGGUCAUUAAGCAUUUCGGCAUUGUCGGAGAAUGUAAUAUUCAAUACGCGCUCAAUCCUUUCUCAGAAGAAUAUUACAUUAUCGAAGUGAACGCUAGACUGUCUAGAAGCUCGGCUUUAGCUAGCAAAGCUACCGGCUAUCCUCUGGCUUAUGUCGCUGCCAAAUUAGCUCUUGGAAUACGCUUGUCGGAUAUUCGUAAUUCUGUCACUGGCGAAACAACAGCUUGUUUUGAGCCGAGUCUUGAUUAUUGUGUAGUUAAAAUACCUAGAUGGGACCUUAGCAAAUUUCAUCGUGUCAGCACAAAGAUCGGCAGUUCUAUGAAGAGUGUAGGUGAAGUAAUGGCGAUCGGACGUAAAUUCGAGGAAGCUUUUCAGAAGGCAUUGAGAAUGGUUAAUGAAAAUGUGAAUGGCUUCGAUCCUUAUGUGAAAGCAAUCAACGAUGAAGAAUUGGAAAAACCGACUGACAAAAGAAUGUUUGUUCUCGCUUCUUCGAUCAAGGCCGGUUACACAAUCGAUCGAUUAUACGAACUCACCAAAAUUGAUCGCUGGUUUCUUGAAAAGAUGAAGAACAUUAUCGAUUAUUAUGUGCUCCUGGAAAACAUCGAUCAUACAAAACUUUCGCAGAACUUGCUGCUGGGCGCAAAGCAGAACGGUUUUUCGGAUAAGCAGAUUGCCGCUCUCGUGAAGAUUUCCGAAUUAGCUGUCAGAAUACAAAGACAGGAGAAUAAUAUUCGACCAAUGGUCAAACAAAUUGAUACAGUCGCUGCUGAAUGGCCAGCCACUACAAAUUAUCUUUAUCUAACGUACAAUGGCAUUAGUCAUGAUAUAGAAUUUCCUGGCGGAUACACAAUGGUGAUAGGUUCCGGGGUUUACAGAAUCGGCAGUUCAGUAGAAUUCGAUUGGUGUGCCGUGAGUUGCCUGCGCGAAUUGCGAAAUCUUGAACGUAAAACAAUAAUGGUUAAUUAUAAUCCAGAGACAGUCAGUACAGAUUAUGACAUGAGCGAUAGAUUGUACUUUGAGGAAAUCUCUUUUGAAGUAGUAAUGGAUAUAUAUGAUUGUGAGUGCCCUGAAGGUAUAAUAUUGUCAAUGGGUGGGCAAUUACCAAACAAUAUUGCCAUGGAUUUGCACAGACAGCAGGCCCGAAUCCUCGGAACAUCACCAGAGUCCGUUGAUGGCGCCGAAAACCGUUUUAAAUUCUCUCGCAUGCUUGACAGCAUUGGUAUAUCGCAACCAAGAUGGAAAGAACUGACAAAUUUAAAAUCCGCCAUUGAAUUUUGCGAAGAAGUUGGCUAUCCAUGUCUUGUUCGGCCUUCGUAUGUGCUAAGUGGAGCCGCAAUGAACGUUGCCCACUCAAAUCAGGAUCUUGAGUCUUAUUUGAAGAGCGCGAGCGAAGUUAGUAAAGAGCAUCCUGUGGUGAUAUCAAAAUUUCUUCUCGAAGCGAAAGAAAUCGAUGUCGAUGCCGUUGCUUAUGAAGGAAUUAUACUAUGCAUGGCAGUAUCUGAACAUGUCGAAAAUGCUGGUGUUCAUUCAGGAGAUGCUACAUUAGUAACGCCACCACAGGAUAUCAAUGAGGAAACUUUGAUGAAGAUAAAAAGUAUCUCAAAAGCAGUAGCAGCAUCUCUGGGAGUCACAGGUCCUUUCAAUAUGCAAUUAAUUGCGAAGGAUAAUGAGCUAAAAGUGAUUGAGUGUAACGUAAGAGUAUCCAGAUCUUUCCUUUCGUCUCGAAAACUUUAGAUCAUGACUUUGUCGCGACGGCAACUCGUUUAAUCGUCGGCGAAACAAUUGAGCCUGUGGACGUCUUAGCUG